AUGCCCUCCUCUUCCCUCCCGUUCCAGCCACGCCAGCUCUUCUACGAUGGCAAGCCGCAGCCUGCUUCGUCCGGUCGUUCAUUUCACUCCAUUCAUCCUGGCGACGCCACCAAACUCGCUGAAGUUCCUAUCGCCUCGCAAUCAGAUGUAGACGCUGCUAUUGCAUCCGCAGAGCGCGCAUUCCCAUCCUGGUCGCAAACCCCGCCAAUUGUUCGUGCCCGCAUUCUUCAAAAGGCCGCAGCCCUUCUCCGCGAGCGCAACGACGAAAUUGCUCGCAUUGAAACGCUGGACUCCGGAAAAGCUUACACAGAGACCAGUACCGUCGAUGUUGUCACAGGAGCGGAUGUGCUAGAAUACUAUGCGAAUCUUAUCGGUGGUGGCGGGUUGAACGGUGAAACCACCCAGCUGCGUGAGGACGCGUGGGUAUAUACCAAGAAAGCUCCUUUGGGAGUCUGUGUGGGAAUUGGAGCAUGGAACUACCCUAUCCAGAUUGCACUCUGGAAAUCCGCACCCUGCCUCGCAGCCGGAAACACCAUGGUCUACAAGCCUAGUGAAUUUACUUCGCUCCACGGUCAAAUACUCGCAGAAAUCUACCGGGAAGCCGGCCUUCCCGCUGGUGUCUUCAACGUCGUCUACGGCCCAGGUGAUGUCGGCGCCUACCUUACCUCCCACCCAACAGUCGCCAAAGUCUCCUUCACGGGCCAAGUGUCCACAGGCAUGAAAGUUGCCGGCUCCGCAGCCGGAAACAUGAAAUAUGUCACGAUGGAGCUAGGAGGCAAGAGCCCGCUGCUCAUCCUCCCCGAUGCAGACCUUGACAACGCCGUUGACGGCGCCAUGAUGGCCAACUUCUAUAGUACGGGCCAAGUCUGCACAAACGGCACCCGCGUCUUCGUCCCGCGCAGCAUGAAGAGCGCAUUCGAGAAACGCCUCGUCGAGAAAAUGCAGUACGUCCGUCCCGGGCCGCUCUUUGACCCGGCCACCAACUUUGGCCCGCUCAGUUCCCAGCUUCACCAGGAGAAAGUCGCCGCUUAUAUCCGCCACGGCAUUGAGAAGGAUAAAGCGACUCUACUCUACGGCGGUCCGGGCAGGCCUGUUGGUCUCCCGACGGAGCUCGAGGCGGGCUUCUGGGUCCGCCCUACGGUGUUCACGGACUGCACGGACGAUAUGCGCAUUGUCCAGGAGGAGAUCUUUGGCCCUGUCAUGUCGAUUCUCACCUACGAGUCGGUGGCCGAGGCUGUGAGGCGCGCGAAUGCCACGGAGCUCGGUCUUGCUGCGGGCGUCUUCACCACGGAUCUCAACUUGGCUCAUCGCGUCAUUGACCAGCUCGACGCCGGCAUUACCUGGAUUAAUAGCUGGGGGGAAAGUCCGGCCGAGAUGGCCGUUGGUGGUUGGAAGAAGAGCGGUGUCGGCGUCGAGAAUGGUCGUAGAGGAAUUGAGGCCUGGUUGAGAAAUAAAAGUACUCUGGUGGAUAUGAGCAACACUGUUGCGACGGGGUUUGCCAAGUUGUAA